CAAUCUUUCCCCCUACAUAGAUACAUUACCAAGGUCACACCACGCGUCCUUGCGGUGCGCAUACGCAUAUAAAAGCCGCGUCCUGCCGACAGAUGGCAUCAGUCGUUGGCUAGCACUUCCCGAGUUAGGACCACCCAAAUACUUCAAUUAGCAAAAAUGAAAUCGUUCGUCGUAUUCGCCCUGAUCGUCGCGGCCGUCGCCGCUGCCCCGCAGCGCAGCCCUGACGCUGACGCUCAGGUCCUCAAAUACGACGCUGAAAACAUCGGCGUUGAUGGCUACCGAUUUGCUUACGAGACGUCCAACGGCAUCAAGUCAGAGGAGCAAGGCCAGCUCACAAACCCCGGCGCCGAAAACGAGGCCAUCGCCGUCCGCGGCUCCUUCUCCUACACCGGCCCCGAUGGCGUCGUCUACACCGUCACAUACAUCGCUGACGAGAACGGCUUCCAGCCCCAGGGCGCCCAUCUUCCAGUAGCCCCUUAAAUUAGCCAAUGACCUGAACCAGUCUAGUCCUGUUAUGAAUAAAGUUUUAGUUCGUUUGUUUU